GCAGCUAUCAGCUGCAUGCUUAGCAAGUUCAAAAUCGGUUCUAUUGAAACGGUAGGUGAAGAGGAACAUUCAAAGCAAAAUGAGUUCGCUCGCUAUCGUUGCGCUGAUGCUGGUUGGGCAAAUGUACGUCUGCUCAGCUCUUACGCUCUUCGAAGCCACUAAGCUUUAUUACACUGUAUCUAUUCAGCCAAACAGCCCUUUUAAAAUUUCGAGCCCUGACGUUUCGACUUACAGAAUAUACAUUAAUGGAUACCCAAGACACCCAACAAGCGAGUGUUACAACAUUUCUGCGACUUGCUGCAGAAGAAAUGCUACGGCAAGAAUGACGCCUAAGACAAUAAAUAUCCCAAAGAAUCCGGUUGCUAGUGACAGCACGUCCUACUGUGCACCCAUGGGGUUGAUAGGUGUAACGAUCGGAGGCACAGCAAUCUAUAAUCAUUUAGAAGCUGAUUGCGUUGACGUUAACUACAUGCCAGAUGGUAGCUUUGAUGAAUGUAAUGGUCACCCAAGUCCAAACGGCGAAUAUCAUUUCCACAGGGCCCCAAAACCUUCGUGCCUGGGCUUGCCCAACGACAACCAACCUCAUAUAAUUGGUGUUGCGAUAGAUGGAUUUCCAAUUUACGACAGUGACAUUUACAAUGGAGUGAAACAAACUUUGGACGAUUGUGGGGGGUUUAAGCCGGACGGUGAUGCCACAAGAUACCGAUAUGUUUCUCUGUAUCAUGGUACUUCUGGUACGGAUCAUGUAAUAAACUGUUUCAAAGGCGUGCCUCUUGAACCAAAGUGUUGCAAUUGCCUUGAAUGUGGACUGCAACAACUUCCCAACUGUGUGGAAAUGAAUCGCGGAGGCGCUGGUGGUCGACCGGGCGGUGCAGGUGGUGUAGGUGGAGCCGGUGGUGCCGGUGGUGCCGGUGGUCGUCCAGGUGGCCCUGGUGGUCGACCGGGUGGUCUUGGUGGUCGUCCCGGCGGUCUUGGUCGUCGACCGGGCGGUCCUGGUGGUCGUCCCGGUGGUCCUGGUAGUCGUCCCGGUGGUCCUGGUGGUCGACCUGGCGGUCUUGGCAGCCAAGGAACACAAAACGGCCAAUGCGGUCUACCAGACAGAAACAUUCAAUACAUCACAUGCGAACAGUGCGACCAAUGUGUGCCUCGUGGUGGAUACACAUCUAUGCAGACUGCCAGAAGCCAGUUGUUUUGCAAAAGAAGAUGCCAGGCCAACACAACUAAUACCCAGACGAGACCUGGCAUGCAGAAUAUUCUUUGUCGCGUCUUUGGCAUAUGCCAACAGCAGGGGUGAAUGGAUACGACAUCAAAACACUAACAAUGGCUUCUAACCUGUGUACCCGUGUAACAAACUAUGUAUACGUGCUUUGUCUGAUUUUGUAUUAAAUUUUGUGUACGUAGUUUGCCUGAUUAAAGUGUAAAAUAAACGUUGCUUUGGUGGGUUACAAACUAAA